UGAGCGAUAGAAGGAGAUGAGAAAGAGAUCAAAGACUACGAGGAAGUCCUUGGCGGAGGAUUAUCUGAAGACGCCGCCGAUUGCGCCAGUGGCGAGCCCUAACUUAUCCGUCAGCAAGUCUCCGAUGCCAUUCCAGUUCAAGUUCAGUGCGUUCGAUGCUACUUCACUGACGCCACCGGCAUCGUCGAAGAAGAGACGUGCGGGAGUGAGCUCUAAGCCGAUGCGGCUUUCUAAGUCACCUGCGUCGAUAAAAAGCUACAAUACGAUAGCCGAUCUUAGGAGCUUUGCGUCUUCCGGACUGGACUCUAUCAAGCGCCAGCUCGAUUGCUCGCACUCGGAGAUUCUCAAGGACAUUGAGGCCUCUCAUUCUCGUUUUUACAAGCGGCUCAAGAUCCAGACACAAGCUUGUGAGAAAAUGGCAGAUGAAGCAGAGAGGGAACAUAAGAAAAUGUCUGAGAGAAUCAAUGAAGGUCGUGAGGCUAUGAAGGCUUCAUAUACUGAAUUCUUGGCAGAAGUGCAAACCAAUGCAUCUCGCUUCUGCAAAACAUCCAUCCCUGAGCUUUUGCAAUCGGCAGAGAAAGCCAUUGACUCUCUUAGGAGCCGCUAUAGUGUCCCAUCAAACCUGGCAGGAAAUAUGCAAAUUUAGGUUUGGAUUUGUGUUGCUUAAUUGCUGGAUGCUAUUACAAACUCCUUGUUGAACAUAUCACAGAAUUUUACUUCACGUUUCAUUCCCGUUCAUCAUAUCCUCUUGGACCGCAUCUUUUGAUUGCCAGACAUUGCCACCUGAUUACCUGAAACUUGUGCAACAAUUUUUUCUAAUCAUUUGCAAGGAUAUACUGAAAACAUCAGGUGCAACUAUUCAGGCAGCAGUACAAAUUUUAGUACAUAAGGUACACGGAGUAUAUAUUUGACCAGCACAUUUUUACUUGUGGAACAUAGUAGACACUUGAUUUCUGCCGUUUGCAUUUUGAUGAAUGAUGACUUGAAUAAUAUUGAAAAGGAAUCUACGAA